AUGAAAAUUGGGAACGAAAUCGAUAUAGCUAUAUUAAAAGAUAAUAAUGAACUUGGCAUGCAAAGUUUAAACAAAUACUAUCGACGUGCUUGGAGAUCAUUAGAUUUUGACUAUUCAAAACUCGAUCAACAUUGUGACUUUCUUAAAAACAAAUUUCUUAAUAAUGAUUCUUUUAAUGAUAAUGAAAAAACUUAUUUACUUGCUAAACUUGGAGAAUAUCAAGAGAAAUUUAAUCUGAUAAACCAAAAGGGUAAAACUAGAAAAUGUGAAGAUUGUCAUGAUGAGACUUAUUCCGUUCAGAACUGUGAAAAAUGUAUUCAAAAUUAUUUGAGUCAAAAGUUUAAUACAUGGACUUCUGGCGUACCACCGUAUAUGAAUAAAAAGCGCGAUAUUAAUUUGGCUUUGGCCGUCGUUAAAGGAAUGCGUCCAAAAAUAGAUUAUAAAAUACCACGGGGAUAUGCAGCUCUAAUGGAACAAUGUUGGGAUGCAAAUCCGGAAAAUAGACCUGACAUUUCAACAGUUUGGAAAAAAAUUCGUGAACUUCGAAUGAAACUUAUUGAAGCUAAAGAUAAUGGAAUAUCAGAAGAAAAUUUUCUUGAAAUACUCCCAAGUUCUACUCAAUUAACUCAAUUAGCAAAGGACAAAAAUGUAACAAGAUGUUCUAGUGACCUUUACAUUCUUACGAAUCUAUCAGAGCCAAAAAAUACCUCAAAGGCCGAUAGUAUGGAAUUAGAAUUAUCAGUUCCCGAGUAUGAUGAAUCAGAGGAUGAAUUCAACAAUGAAUCAAAAUCAGAAUCAAGCGCUAUAUAUCCUGACCUUUCUGAAUACUGUAGUUUAUAA